CGCUUUGGGGCGGCUCAAGGUCGCUGAGUCGAAAGGCGGUAAUUCUGUACCUUUGCACCAAUGUUAUGUCUUUUUAACGGGCUGUUAUUGAUCAGUUGUUUUCUUCACAUUGAUCACUUAAUGUUGCAAGCCCUUCCAGGUCAUAGUAAUUCAGUAUAUCAUACUUGGUGAUUUUCUGAUGGAUGACCAAAGUAAACCUCAGCUUGAAGACGGGACCGGGGAACAACAUCAGUCAGAUACUUUCGAAAUAGAUGAAGUUGAUUUGCCUAACGUGAACGAUGAAGAAAUAUACCUUGAACACUGCCGAAUCAAAUGUAUCAGUAAACUAAGUCGGUUUCCAAAUGUUCGCUCAUUAUGUCUUCGAAACAACUUACUGAAAAAGUUGGAAAACUUCGAGCCUAUCUCUCAAACCCUUGAAGAUCUGGACGUUUAUGAUAAUCAGAUCACUAAGAUUGAAAAUUUAGAGUGCCUCACAAAACUGACUAAUCUUGAUUUGAGCUUUAAUCGGAUAAGACGUAUCGAAAACUUGGAGAAUCUAAGUAAUCUCCGGAAACUGUAUUUCGUAAACAAUCAUAUCUCAAAAAUAGAGAAUCUGAGCAACUUGCAAGACCUAGAAUUGUUGGAACUUGGUUCAAACAAAAUAGGGAAGUUAGAAAAUUUGGAUGGAUUGAAAAAAUUGACUGAACUUUAUUGUGGUAAAAACAAAAUACCAACAAUGGAAAACUUGGAUAACUUGACUAAUUUAACCAUUCUUAGCAUUCAGGGUAACAGACUCACCAAAAUAGAUGGAUUAACCAGUCUUGUUAAUCUGGAGCAACUAUAUCUGAGCGAGAACGGGAUAACAGAAAUUGAAGGCCUUGAAACAUUAUCAAAGUUACAAAUUUUAGACCUGGCGUACAACUUCAUAUCACAGAUUAAAAACAUGUCGAAUUUGGAAAAUCUAGAAGAAUUUUGGUGCAAUGACAAUAAGAUAUCCGAUUGGGAGCAGCUAGAAAAGUUAAGUGUAUUAAAAAAGCUGCGAACUUUGUAUAUGGAACGUAAUCCAAUCUAUUUUCUAAGCACAGAUCGUACAAAACAUGAUUCUAAUUACCGACGAAAAAUACUGUUAGCUCUACCGAAUCUUCAACAACUGGAUGCAAAUCUUACAGGGGUUGGGAUCUGAUUACAUCUUUGCUGUAACUGGUUUCCCAAUUUUUUCCUGCGGCUUCAGAUCUAUUGUUUUUAAGCUUUGCAGGAAAUUGUGACUGAAUUUAAUGUACUUUUUAUACAUGUAUCUGUGUUAUAUAUUAAGAUCUUAAAAUAUGCAACUUACCAAACCAACGUGCUAAUAAAUUUCCUACUUAGCGAUGAUUAAAAACACAACAGUCUCUUAGUGUCUACAUUUAUUCGUCUUUAAAGCAAUGUAUGCCGUUAAAAGAAUGUAUGGGUCGUGGCCAGAUUCAAACAGAAUCCACUCACGGUGAAGAUACUUUACUGAAACUUGACGUUCAAUGAUGAGUGCACUAUGCACAACUGAUGCAGAGCAAUGACGCGCGAAAAUCCUUAGUCGAACCCUAUAUAUGUAUACCAAGUGACCAUCUUGAAAGCAGUAAGAAUACAUCUAGUUUGUUUUGCUUAUUGGCGCACUACAAAGAGGGCAUCGUUGGGCUACUAAUAAAAAAUGAUGUAAUUAGAUUUUAACCAUAGUAAAGUAAUAAGUACCGUUGUUUCGACAAACAUUCACCUUUGUAAACAUGAACCGUACGGAAUAAGUUUAUUUAGCCAAAGUGGGAAUUCGAUAUAAUCAUUUAUUUUGUAAGCAGUAUUUUUGCAAAUUCCAAAGACAUUUAAUUUAUUGCAAGUAUCCUAAACUGAUGUAAUAUCACUACUUGGAGUCAUUUAGUCACAAAAACUACUGUACUAAUUUAUUAUUUGAAAGAUAUUUUUUCGUAUAACAAAUUUCUGCAUAAAUAUGGAUAUUAUUCAUAAGCAUA